AUGUGGCAGUGGAUGCUGGAAAAUCUAGGCCUCGGCGCAACUGCGCAGCAAGCCGACAAGGUCAAGACACGGACAAAAGCAGUCGAUGACGGCUGGUUGCACGUAUCGCUGCCAAGGCCUAUCCCGGAGUUCGAAGAUGUGAGGAGUGAAGGAGGGGACGAAGCACAGCGAUCAAGAGGCCAGAGUCGGAAGCGGCGGUCGCUGGGACCCAAGGGCAUCUAG